UCUUCAGAAGUCCUCUCUUGGGAGACUCCAGUGUAUAUAUUAUAUAAAUAAUAAUUAAAAUUGCCCUUAAAAUAAGGUCCUAUUGUUAAAUAUAAAAAUCAAUAUUCAAUGACGUCACGAGCCCUUAAACAUGUGUGUGGCACAUUUCAGUGACAACAUAUGUGUUACUGAAAUGAUCAAUGAAACCAUUUUUCUGAAACAACAAUAUACACAUAACAAUAAUAUAUAUAUAUAGCUAUGUGCGGAAUCCCCCUCCAGGUGCGUAACAAUAAUUAUUGAGGGCCCUUGAGUAAAUAUUAUUUGCGUGUGCGCUUUACUCGAGAAGAGGGUCUUCCAGAUCAGACUCGCGUUUCACGAUUAAACAAUGGAGAGUCAUCAGAGGCUAGAUUUGGAUAAACCCCUUUGGGAUCUUAAUACAUUCAUUGGACGAUGGAAACAUUUUGCAUGGGUUACAGAUUUUAGAACAUGUGUUGCUUCCGAAAAAGAUCUUUUGGCAGCUAAGAAAUUGUGCGAAGAUUAUAGGUUGGGCAUAGAGCCAGCGGGCACAACCCGAGAUCAAGUAAUAUAUGCGAAAAAAUUAUAUGAAUCUGCUUUUCAUCCAGAUACUGGUGAUUUGCAAAAUGUUUUUGGCCGAAUGUCCUUUCAAGUGCCAGGAGGAAUGGCUAUUACUGGUGCUAUGCUACAAUUUUAUAGGAGCACAACGGCCGUUGUAUUUUGGCAAUGGGUCAAUCAAUCCUUUAAUGCCCUAGUCAAUUAUACCAAUAGAAAUGCAAAUAGUCCAAUUUCAACUGUUCAAUUGGGUUUAGCUUAUGCAAGUGCAACAACAGCUGCUAUGGUUACGGCAAUUGGUUGCAAAUCAUUUUGGGGAAAAAGAGCAAAUCCUCUUUUUGCAAGAUACGUUCCAUUUGCUGCUGUCGCUGCCGCAAACUGUGUCAAUAUUCCUCUGAUGAGACAAACGGAAAUAGGUGGCGGAAUAGAACUAACCGAUGAGGAUGGAAAAAAACUUACACGAUCAAAGAUUGCAGCUGUGAAAGGCAUCUCUCAAGUUGUCAUCUCAAGGAUUAUCAUGUGUGCUCCCGGAAUGUUGAUCUUACCGCCUAUUAUGGAAAGAUUGGAGAAAUAUAAUUGGAUGAAGAAGAUAACUCCACUUCAUGGACCAAUUCAAGUUCUGUUUGUCGGAUGCUUCCUUGUUUUUAUGGUACCAACAGCAUGUGCUCUAUUUCCUCAAAGAUGCUCAAUAUCAACAACUACAUUAAAGAAAUGGGAACCUGAAAAUUAUGAGCUACUGAAGAAAAAUUGUGAAGGAAAAGAAGUACCGGCUUAUCUUUACUUCAAUAAAGGAUUAUAAAUAAGGAAAUUAAUUUUUUUUUCUCAAAAAAAAAAAUAAAUUUAAUGUUUUUUGAGAGUUCUAGAAAAUAGAGAAAGAAAAUAAUCGGCAAAAUCUACUAUUUUAAUGCUGCCGCUAAAGGUCUUCCAGAAAUAAUCAAUCUAUAUAAUAUACAAACUGAUGAAUCUAGAUUAGAUAUAGAGGAUAUAUAAAGCACAGAAGAAGGUUAAAUUUAUUCUGCAUUUGUUUUUUGAAAAUUAUUGAAAAGAAAAUGUAAUAAUUAUUAUUUAAUGCAACAAUUUUUUAAGUAAAUUUCAUUUUUCGUCAUUACUUAGAAACUGAAUAAGUAACUAUAAAAAUUUUUUUUUAUUUUAUUUCACUUGGUAUUUUUUUCCACAACAAAAAUAAUAAUUAUAUAUCUAUAUUAUAUGUAAGUCUGCUCAUGUAAAGUUAUCAGCAAACUAAUAUUUUCAACUAAACAUAUAUUAUUGUAAAUGUGAUUGUGUUAAACUGGAAAUGAUAAAAAGUUACGUCAUUAUUGAUGCGUAAAUAUCAAAUAAAAUAAUGGAUAAAUU